UAGUGAAAUCUCAUUUUCAUAAAUUAAAUGUACAUAAAGAUCACAUCAGAAUCACCCUCUAUAAUUUCUGUCAAACAUCAAAAAAAUAAGAGAGAGGCUCCACUUCUAUAAAAUUACGUCACAUCAGUUACCUAUUAAAUGAACUUACGUUGAUGUUUAUUUUAGCUUUUUGUUAAAUGGUGCGGUGGAGCAUUUGUAUUUCGAUAAUAAAUAGUGAAUAAUUUCUUAAUUCGAAUACAUCAAGAACUUAGAGCUAUGUUAUCUUUAUGUAAACAGAACUUGUCUUCAAGUUUUCAAAGAAUUGGUGCCAGAUGUAUAGCUUCUGUAGUACCAGAAAUCAAAGUAAACGAUACUGGUGUAUCAAAUGAACCAAUUUUACAGUAUCUAAAGGGAUCGAAAGAACGAACUGAAUUAGAAACAGCCCUGAAAGAUAGUUAUGCUCAAACUGAAGAUGUUCCUAUUGUCAUUGGAGACAAAGAAUAUCAAACAAAAGAUGUCAGAUAUCAGGUAAUGCCACAUGACCAUAAAAAGAAAUUGGCAAAAUUUUACUACGCCGACAAAAAUCUUCUCCAAAAAGCAAUUGAAACUGCUAGUACAGCUCAAAAGAAAUGGGAUUCAGUACCAAUACCAGAAAGAUUGAAAAUUUGGGAGAAGGCAGCAAAUAUGAUGGCUAAUGAAUACAGAGCUAAAUUGAAUGCUGCGACGAUCUUAGGACAAGGUAAAACAAUAAUUCAGGCAGAAAUUGACGCAGCCGCAGAACUGAUAGAUUUCUUUAGGCUUAACGCUUAUUUUUUAAAAGAAGCAAUUAAAUAUCAACCUAUAUCAGAAAAUCCUAUGGUUACUAAAAAUUCAAUGAGGUACAGAGGUAUUGAUGGUUUUAUAGCUGCUGUAUCGCCAUUUAAUUUCACGGCAAUAGGAGGAAAUUUGGCAUAUACACCAGCACUCAUGGGCAAUGCAGUUUUGUGGAAGCCUAGCGACACUGCCUUACUUUCAAAUUGGUUAAUAUUCAAAAUAUGUAGAGAAGCCGGAGUACCACCAGGUGUUGUUAACUUUGUUCCAGCGGACGGUCCUGUGUUUGGAGACACAAUUACUGCCUCUCCUCAUUUGGCAGGCAUCAAUUUCACAGGGAGUGUGCCAACGUUCACAAGAUUGUGGAGGCAAGUCGGGGAAAAUAUAAGUAUUUAUAAAAAUUUCCCAAGGCUGAUCGGAGAGUGUGGAGGUAAAAACUAUCAUUUUGUGCAUCCUUCAGCAGAUAUACAAACUGUUAUUAAUGGUACAAUACGAAGUGCUUUCGAAUACUGUGGACAGAAAUGUAGCGCCUGUUCCAGAAUGUAUGUACCGGAAUCGCUUUGGCCAAAAAUUAAGGAAGGGCUUAUAACUAAACGGAAUCAAUUGAAAGUAGGAGAUCCGACAGACGCAACUAACUUCACUUCGGCAGUUAUUGACGAUAAAGCCUUCAAAAGAAUUAAAGGCUACAUUGAACAUGCUAAAAACUCAUCUGAUUUACAAAUUUUAGCAGGAGGUAAAUGCGAUGACAGCGUUGGCUAUUUCGUUGAACCUACGAUUGUCGAAACCAAAAAUCCCAAGGAUAAAAUAAUGGUGGAAGAAAUAUUCGGCCCUGUUCUCACAAUUUAUGUUUAUAAAGAUGAUAAAUUGAAAGAUACUCUUGAUAUGGUUGGAUCUACGACGUCAUUUGCUCUUACUGGAGCUAUCUUUGCUCAAGAUGAGGCGUUCCUACGAAGAGCCGUUGAAGAAUUGAAAAUGACUGCCGGUAAUUUCUAUGUUAAUGAUAAAUCUACUGGUAGUGUUGUUGGACAACAACCUUUUGGUGGUGCUAGAUUAUCAGGUACAAAUGAUAAAGCUGGAGGCCCUCACUAUAUUUUAAGAUGGGGAAAUCCUCAAUCCAUUAAAGAAACAUUCGUUCCUUUAACAGAUGUUGAAUAUCCAUAUAUGAAGUAAUAAUUUUAUGUUUUUAUUCAAUAACUUUAUUUUAGGUUCCAAAUUAGUUAGCAUAUUCAUUUUAUUGUGAUAAAAUAUUGAAUGUCGGAUUUUUUUUUGUUAUUCAUAUACAGUGAUGUCGUAAAUAAUUCAUUUUUUACAUACUUACGAAUUUAAUUGAAAAAUCUUGAAAUCGAUCGAUAUUUGCAUACAUUUUUUAUAUGUUUAAGAAAGUUAUGUGUACAUCUGGUCGAAGGUGACCAACUAGCAACAUUUACUUGAUACUUACACAAGGUCAAGGGGUUUUGAAAUCUUCAGUCUCCUCUUUGGAUCAUAUUGAUCAAAGAGCGAGAAUAUUUUGAUUUUUUCUUUAAUAUGGAGUACUUUUGAAAUCUCUAGAUAAAUCUUGUGUUGGUUUAUCUAGUACAACCCCAAACCUGUAGUACAUAUGUCCAAAUAAGUUUUGGAGUCUAUUUGUAUAUAAUGUAUUUUAUUUUUAUUAUUUUACAAUAAUAAACAUUUACAAUGAUGAGUCUUAAAGUUAGUAUGUGCUAUGUUCGCGUUAUGACUUUCCCAAAAAGAAUACAGUUUGAAAAAGGUGACUCCAUAGAGCGAGUUGGUGUUAAUGAUACCAGAUAGCUGUCGGUAUAGUCUAUUUUUUGUUAAGAGUUUAUGCUGAGUGUGGAAAUUAUCUCUUCUGAGAUACACAACAAUUUGUCCAACUUUCUGGAAUGACCCCUCAAAGCAUUCAUUAACCGCUUUUGAGAAUCGUGAGCUGUGGUUUUUGAAGUCUGAUUUUAUAUUAUGAAAUUUCUGAGCAGUUUUACAUUUUACGACUUUUACUGACAUUUGGAAUUGAUACAUUAAAUUCUUGUGCUCUAUUCGUUGAAGUGAUUGGCGGCUCGUUUCAAUUUUUGUUCUUGUUGCAAAGACAGUCAUCUACAUAUAUGGCGAUUUUUAUAUUAUCUAUAUCUGGUAUAUCAUAUGUAUGUAGUAGACUUACAUGAACCAGCACCCACCUUUGUGGCAUAUCUGCUUUUAUUUGAUUCCAGAUUUUUCAGAUUCUUCUAUAAAUAAUUUGUUCCAUUUUGUUAUAAGUCCCCCAAAUCAUACAUUUUCAAACACCUGGGAUAUGCAUAAGAAUAGUGUAUACUUAUUUAUCUUCAUAGACUUGUCUAUCACUGGACACUUGGUCUAUUCUUAAAGGUGUUUCAUAGAAUUUAAACUAGAGGUCUUUUGGAUUAUAUUUCCUUACAUAAUAAUCUAUUAUUAUAUUUAGUGUUUUGAUAUCUCAAACAAGAAGGGAAUUUAAGUUUCAGAAUGAUAAUAACUUGAGCUAUAUUCCACAUUCUGAAAACCAUAUUGAUCGAUUUUGUGAGUGGCACAAUGAUUUUUUAGGUAGUUUUUGAUUAUUGCUUCUUCGAUUAGGUCGUAUCCAUGCAAUUUUUUUGUAUAUGUUUGAUUUUAUCGAUUUAAACGACAACUUUUAGGAGAAUAACUAAUGAUUAAUUUUUCUUCUUCAGCUGUUUGUCUACUUAAUAACGUUCCUUUAGUUUAUUCUUUGCGUUAUUAUUGUUUGCUCAACUUUCCACUCCAUUCCUAAAGUUUUAGUUGCUUCCCAGAGUAAAUAAAUGUUAUAUAUUCUUUUUGUCUAUAAAUUCUUGUAGCUUAAUUUUUCUUAGCUUCUAACUUUUCAAAAAGUUUAAUUUCACAUUCAAAAGUUGAUGUAUUUCAGGAUUUCUCAUCUGUAUCUCUAUAAAGAAACAAAUUGGUGCCUUUUCUAAUUAUAUCAAUGCUCCAAUCAAUAUCACUAUUUGUAAUUUUCCGAUCAUUUUCCAUUAGAUAUCCUUAAAAUACAAUAUUUCACAUAGUUUAUCUAAUAACUAAUAAUUUGACUAGUCCCAGAAAGUAUUAAAUGCUUAAAGCUAAAAAUUAUAAUCUAUUCUUGUAGAUAUACGUUUUAUCUUAUUUAUAAUUUAAAAUACAAAACAAAGUAGAUUAAAUAUCAAAAACAGCAUUUUUAUAUACACAAUCUACGUGUUUUUCAAAUACUACCAAUAUCUAGGAACUAAAAGUAAGACGGCAUCGCUAAUAUUAUAAAGAUAUUUUAUGUUAAGUUUGCAAUUUGGACAUUUGGUAGUGAGAAUUACAGGCAUUGAACUUAAUCUCAAAAUCCAUAUUGUAAAUAAAAUAAUUGCUUCUAUCAAAGAAAAUUACAUUCUAAAUGUUGGUAGCUAUGAAGCAUCUGUGUUAUGAGAUUAUCCAAAUCAGAAUAUUAUCUUAGUACUUGUUUUGUAGUUGUACUAAUUGUCGUUUUUCAUUUGUAUUUUAUAAUUUCUGUGUAAGAUAUAAUCAGUUAUUUUCUCAACAAUUGUUAAAAGAUUAUCAAAUAUUGUGAAAUACCCAAUCCUUCAUUAAGUAAUUGCAAGAAAAUGAUAACAUAUCCAUGGGUACAUUUCACAAUGCUCUCGACCACCUACAUUCCUAUUCUACUAAUUAAAGGCGUUGUAGUUUGAAUGCGCUAUAAUCUUCAUUGAAAUUUCUUGUUGAACACGUUUAGUUUAUUUUGCAUGCACUGUUGAUGCUAUUUUGUCAAAACUGACAAUUAUGGUAGAUCUGCUGUCUGAGCAGAUUGGAAUUACUAUGCUUCUAUGGCGUCAAUUGAGUAUCGCAAUACUUUAGAUUCAGAUGUUCCACUUAUUUUGGGUUGUUCUCUACAGAAGUCUAUUCCAGCCAAGCCAUUUAUUAUGGAGCCGUCUAUGUACAAAUUGAAUUGUAAUAAGUGUCUUGUCUUGUUCUAUUAUUUGAAUUUUCGCUACAGUGAAGUUAUAUAUAACAUCGAACGAUAAUUCGCAACGACCAUGGGAUUAGGUGUAUGGAUAGUAUCAUACAAUGGUAUUAAAUGGAAUGUAGCCAUUUUGACACCUUGGACUACUAAUUCCAAUUACUUUCGGAAAAGAUAUGUUUUUAAAACACUUUAUAUUUAAAUGUUUUAAAUCAAUUUUAUGCCAACUAGAAAGUAAUCACAAAGUGCCAUGAUGUAAUAUAUCUAUAAUAUGUCUUUGUAAACUUAUCAUAAAAGCAUCUGUUAUAUCUCAUGUUAUUCUUUAUAUUGUAUAACUGUUUUUUGUUCAUUUUUGAAACAAAUAUUUUUAAAUUGUAGCAAUAAAUUUUAUUUGCA